AUGGUCCUCCGAAUCCCCCUUCGCAGGAGUGCCAGCUUCACUCCUGACCACCAACCUGGGGCAGAGAUCUCCACUUCGACCCCUGUGAAAAUGGAAGCCAAUGUGGUGGUCCUAGGAGCAGACCACGUGGGAAAGUCAGCUCUGACGGUGCGUUUCCUUACCAAAAGGUUUAUUGGGGAAUAUGGAGACAUGGAAUCUGUCUACACACACAGUUUGGCAGUAGAAGGCAAAGAGAUUCUUUUUCACAUCUGGGACUUUCCUUGCUCACAGGAGAAGUCAGAGGAGAACUCAUCCAAAGACAAACGCAUCCAAUGGGCUGAUGGAUUUGUCUUGGUCUACAGCAUCUGUGACCGUGCAAGCUUCAACAGUGUCCAACCCAAAGUCCAAUUCAUCAAAGCCACCAAGGAAAGUCCAAGCCAGGAGAAAGUGCCCAUUGUUAUUGUGGGCAAUAAGCGAGAUCUACACCAUCACCGGGAGGUUUCCAGUGAAGAGGGACGUCUCCUGGCCCUCUCCAUGGACUGUGAAUUCUAUGAGGUAUCAGCAGCUGAAGCCUAUCAUGGAGCACUCAUGGUCUUCCAUGGCUUAGCAGAACGUAUCUGUGAGGCUAAGCUGACCCUGAAAAAAGGCACAGGAAUCCGCAAUAUUGUCAAGAGUGUAUCCGCUGUCUUUGCUCGGAAAAGAACAGACUCAAUGUGAAAAAAAAGCUAACUUUCUGUAAACACUGUGGGAGAACAUCCUGGUUCCCACCCCCUUCUUAUUUGGGUAGAGUGGAGCAUGGAUUUUGCUGAUGUGGAGUCAGCCUCCUCAUUCUGCU